AAAACUUGUUUUCAAGGACAUAGAUAGUGUGUCAAACAACAGAAGAAAACUAAAUUCAUCUAUCAUGUUGACAGAAACUGCUAUCAAAUAAUGACAAUUCAGUCAACAAAAAAUGACACAAAAAUCUUAUUCGCUCAAAAGUUUAUUUUGAAAUGUCUAUUUAGUUGGCCAAAUAACUUGCAAUUUUGGAAUACCAAAAUGAAAAUUUCGGUAAAUAUUACGAAUUCGCACUGACGGUCACGUAUGUAGGACCGCAGGCGCCAGAUUCCUAGUGGUUGGUUUCGAUUCAGAACAAUGAGCAAAAACAACCUGCCAUCCAAGUCUAAACAACAACGAUUCAAAGGUGUCGAAAAUUUUCUACGUAGAGUUGCAUUUAACUUAGGUAUAUGUGAAUUUUCUGUUCAUUAUGCAUCUCCGGUCCCGAGCCUCAACAUCUUUGGCAUUCCAUUCCGCCGGCUCGGGACCGGGAGAAGCACACAUCGCAUAAACGUGUGUAACCUUCCGUUUCUAAUCCAAAUUUCAAUUUCAGGAAACAGUCCAUCUCAAACCGAAGUGAAAAUAAUAUCUUGCAUUCCAAUAGACGUGACCGACUUGCAGCAGAAAAUCAUAAAUCUGGAGAAGCAGCUGGACGAGGCCAAGGCGAACACGCGCGCCAGCUCCGACGCCUCGCCCGCGCCGCACGUGGCCGUGUGCCGCGCGCACCUGCCGCGAGCCUGCGCCGAGCCGCGCGCGCCCUGCGAACUAUGCUCCCCGCGCCACAGCCGCUCGCCCGCCUGCCACCCGCCGCAGCCCGUCCUCACCGCCAGCCCCAAGCCCACCGCCGACCACCAGUGCGCCUGCCACUCCACCGACGCGUCCGCCGACGAAAACAAGUCCAAGGGGCUCUUCGGGAAAUCCAAAAAGAAAAAGGCGAAGAAGAAGGACAAAGCGCUCAAAACGCAGUUCGUGUACUACGCCCAGACCACGACGGGCCCGUUCAACGACUACCUGGGGACCGUCGCGGACGAGUCGCCGACGCGGGAGCGCGAGGCGAUCAGCCGCACGUACCUCACGGAGAUGAUCCGCAAGCAGUACGCGCCGGCGCCGGUGCCGCGCGAGCUGUCGCUCGGGGACCGCUCGAGCCAGUUCUCGUCGCCGGUGUGCCGCGACGCCGACAGCCGCCCGGCCGCGCCCGACUCCGACCUGUGCUCGUGCUGCCGCGGCGCCUGCCACAACAUCGACCGCCACGUGGCCACCCACCGCUACACCGACGUCCUCAACACCUACCCCGCGUGUUCCGUGAACAACGCCGGCUUCUACGACUCGAGCCUCUACGACAUGGUCCCCGUUCGAGAGAAACCCGCGAGGAGUGCGAGUCCCCGUUACGAUUACGAAAUCCCCAAAAAGAAGGUAGCGAAAAUAAACGCGAGAUAUCGCCCGGAGAAGAUAACUCAGAAGACUCGAUUCCAACCUUUGGUUAUCAAUCACUACGCCCGAGUUGCACCCGUUGCCGGCUGUCCGAAAAGGACGCCGAUGGCUAUUUACAGUAAGAUGGAAAAGAAAGCACGCCGGGUGCCUCCCAAAAGAAACGAACUGAAAGUCGACAGGCUGAGACAGACCGAAACGUCUAAUAGCUGUUGCAUAGACUGCGGCGACGUUUACAUGAAACGCCUAAACGCUAGCAAUAAAAUACAAGAACCGAUCAAGCCUAACAAACCAGCGAGUUGUAAAAAUGCUGAAUGUCUAACGAAUAUUCUGAACGACACCGAAUGUCAGACCACAACCACCCAGAGCGUGCAAAUAGAUCAGGCCCUCCUGGAGGAGAAGAAAACUGAACAGACGUUAAACCAAAUUAAGAGCAUCUUACAAUCUGUACUUACUGAAGUAAAAACUAAUACGCAACUUAAAAAGACGUCGGAAAUCAAAGACAAGUCAACUAAAGAUGCCGUCGUCCAAAAAGGAUCGUCUCAAGGGAACGUCCCGGGAUGUUCCAGUCUCCUUCACAGCUUUACUUACAGCCCCUACAACAUGAACCCCUACGUCGCAUCGUGCUCGCGUCAAAUGACUUCGGGACCUUGCUGCUAUCCGAACUUCCCCUGUCCGUCGGCCAAAUGCAUGCAAAACUUUCCCGUAUUUAUACAGACGCCUGGACGCCACAUGUGCGCGGGUUGCUACCGAAACAGCUCGCACGUCCCUAAAAUGCCGAAACCGAAACCCGCUGCCACAGCCGCCACCAACACCGACUCGAAGGAGCGAAGCAAAGAGACCGAGAAACUUAUAAAAGAGAUUUACAAGUCCAUGGCGGUCAACAUGGACUUCCCCGCCAAAGACACGUCAGCCAGCGAAUACAACGACCUGAAGUCGACACCUCGCGUCUCCGUCAACAAAUCGCUGUAUCGACCUAGCGUUCUGGACGAGGGCAUGAGGAAGUUCAUGAAAACCAAUGGCUCCAGGAAUCUGCAAAAGUCUGCGACGCCUAUUACCACGAUGAAUAGCAGGCUGAUGUCCAACACGCUAAGCAUGCGGUCUCAGAUCGUGAGCACGACGGACACGGAGCGUCGCUUGAGGAACAGCCGCAUUGAAAACUACUUGGAGAAUAUCGAUGCUCACGAAAACAGGCAGAACAAGAUAGAGGAAGAAAGGGAGUAUGAGGAGCAGAGCCCGGAGACCACCGCCAGCGACGACGAGGCUUCGUACUCCGAAGCCAGUGUCCAUGACACUUACGUGCAGGCGGCAGAACCUGUGAAGAAACCAGACAAGAAGGGAUUGUUCAGCAAAAUGUUCAAGUCGGUAAAGCUAUUCAAUGGUAAAUCUAAGAAUAAGCAAAAGGUAGAAGAACAGGUCCAAGUGAGUCCAACAGAUGACGUGGAUGAUGAAUCUGAUGGGAAUUCCGACGACUACCAGACAAUAUACAGCCAGCGAGUGGAAAGGAGACCGCGCUACGUGCCUCACGUGGUCCGAAGUCCCUACAGGUUGAAGGCUCACUCGAAGAUAUCGUACUCCAGGCAUAUGAGAGACCGCAAUCAGGAGCGCAAAAGACCACCAUACAUGGAACAGGAGUACAGAAGACAUUGGAACGAGAAGCUGAUGUUCCACGAGAAUCGGCACAGGUACUCAUCUGAUAGCCCGUACUCUAAGGACACUCCGAGACAUACGAGGAACCCAGCUUACUGGCAAAACUAUGAAGCUAGAAGUGCUUUAGUGAACAACACCCAAAUGAUUACUCCUAGGGCUCCUGAGCCUAAUGUUCGAACACCAAUCACUAGAGAGGAUAUACUUAGAUCAGUGAACGAUGCGAGUAUUAAUAUCCCUAAAGCCAAUGCGGCGACGAAAGGGCUAGCGUGGCUUAAGAGACACAAACUAGGCAUUCGUUGUGGCGACCAGUGGAAGAAAUUCAUUUUGGAAAGUUGAUGUAGUUUCGUUAGUGAUUUCCGUGACCAGUUUCGUUGAUGUAAAUUUUUUGCUUGUGAAG